AUGGCAGUGGGACACGAGGCCAUGGACACCAGUCCACGUCAGGAUGGCGAGAAGGCAAAACACUCGUUUUUGGACACAAAAUUCGUAGUCCUUCUGCCUGAGAUGCCAGAGCUACGUUUGACACGAGAUGAGUUCACCAGCUACAUCCGGACCAUGUGCUCGAAGAGUCACGACGCGCUUGCUUCCGCGGCGCCGGCCGAUGACACUGAGGGUGGUGCCUCAACUCCCAAGUCAGUCAGUGAGUCUGGAGACGAUCCACUCCAGGCGCCUUUCAUGACCGCACUUCUCUCGGUCAAAGCUGCGGUGCCCACUGUGGAUGAGCGAGACGGGAAGAUGCUCACCGAGAAUGAGGAUGUCGCCUACAGAACUACGGAUCCGCUGGUCGACCUAUUCUACGAACUCGAGAGCGUGGUCUCCGGGUCUCGGCUUCGACAACUACUGGCUAAAGCAUGGCAACAUGACAGCGAGAUGACACUGAAGAUCAUAUGGAACGCCCGUUCGAUCCACCUCGGCAAGAGUAACCGCCAGACCUUCUACCGUGCGAUCGGAUGGCUGUACCAAUACCACCCUGUUACGAUGUUGCUCAACCUUCCAUGGCUCGUCCGUCCCGUCAUACAGAAGAAGGUUCCCAAGCCAGAAGACGGCAACAAGACCGGCCACGCUCCCUCUGACACCAACGUGGAGCACACUACCAAAGUAGCUUCUGCAGCUGAAGACGACGACAGCGACUUCGAGAUGGUUGACUACAACGCGCCAGUGGACAAGCCAGCGACCAAGAAAGCCAAGCUUAAUGAUAUACCCGAGCUGUCCGACUUCGAUGUCAGAUAUGGUGGUGCCCAUGGAUACUGGAAGGACUUACUGAAUAUCCUGGCUCUCGCUGCAAAGGAUGAGCUCCGUGGCGAUGGGGACCCGCGCAAGGUGCUAAAUGUGGACAACCGCCAGGAGAAGCCCGCGCAGCGCUUCAAGCCCGCCAACUCGAAGAAGGAAGUCGACAAGGCCCAAUACGCCAAGCUGAUGAACGAGAAGCUCAUCAAAAACUCCAGCUACACCGCACUUCAUAUGACCGUAGCUCGCCUCUUCGCCGAACAGCUCCAAUUGGACAUGCAACGGCUGGAGUCAGGUACCGAGCAAGAUCUGAAGGCGAUAAGCAUGGUAGGCAAGUGGGCACCUACACACAAAGAGUCCCACGACCGUGCUACUCGAGUGGUCAGCUCGAUUGCCGAGAUCAUGUUCCCCUUCCAGAAAGUUUGCCCAGACAUCGACCCAGCCGAUCGGACACUGUACCUCAAGUAUGCUCGCCAAGAGUAUCAUUUCCGAGUGCUUCCAAAACUCCGCAAACACCUACAGAUUGUUGAGCGACCCGUCACGGCCAACAAGUUCGAGGAGAUCCAGUAUGACCGUGUGCCGUCCCUUGCAAUGAAAGCCUACACCCCACUAUUCGCACGAAAGGACUUCGACCACUUCGACAAGUACAUAGAAAACGUGGCUCAAGGCAAAGCACAGAUCUCAGGCGCUACUUUGAUGCCAUCGACACUCAUCCACGAUGUCACUACCUACCCAACCAUUGGUGGCCGGAAGAGUACUGCAACGGACCAGCUUGUGGUACAGAAGCUCUACGACACUCGCCUCAAAGCCCUCGAAGGCCAAUGGAAGACACUCGUUCAGCGUAUCAAGGACUCGGGUACCCUGGAGUCAUCCAUCGCUGUGUGUGAUGUCUCGGGAUCGAUGUCAGGACCUCAAUUCCCAGACGGCACCACUCCGAUGGACUCUUCGGUUGCUCUCUCGUUGCUUCUGGCUGAGGUUACCAAGCCACCAUUCGGCGGUGCGUUUAUCACGUUCUCAGAGCAGCCUCAGAUCAUGCAUGCUGGCGGAGUCGACGACAAGCGGUCGCUCAAAGAGAAGGUGGACUACAUCCUGAGAGCAGACUGGGGUGGCAGCACAGACUUUGUCGCUGUGUUCGAGAAGCUGAUCCUACCAAUGGCUAUCCAGAACAAGUUGGCGAAGGAAGACAUGGUCAAGCAAGUCUUCGUCUUCAGUGACAUGCAGUUCAACUCUGCCAACUGCGGCACUCAACGCUGGAGCACUUCCUACGAGCGCAUCAAGGAGGCCUACAAUGAAGCUGGCUACGACAUGCCACACCUCAUCUUCUGGAACCUGGCUGGUGGACGUGCGGGCAUGACUGGCUACGGCGACGAGACUGCUCCGAAGCCAGUCGACGCAGCUGAGGAGGGCACUUCUCUUGUUAGCGGCUACAGCCAAGCUCAGCUCAAGACGUUCUUGGACGGGGGUGGAUUCGAGGAUCCGGAGAAGGAAGAUGUCAUUGAGCAAGUGGAAGGCGAGGAUGGCGAGGAAGUCGUGGUCCAGGUCAAGAAGCAGAAACAGGAUCCGCUGGACACGGUGAAGAAAGCUGUUAGCCAUGAGGCGUAUCGCAUGUUGAAGGUGAUGGACUGA